AUGCUGUCCUUCCUCCAUGAUAUCCCGCUUGUGGGUUCUGCCUAUGCCUGGUUCUUGGUCCUUCUGGCUGCUGCCUCCUACGUCUCGUUCUACACCUACGUGGUGCCUUUCUUCAUUCAGGCCUUCCUCCUCAACGAGCAGAACCUCAAGAACAAGUACGAUGCCAAGUGGGCGGUGGUGACCGGUGCGUCGUCGGGCAUCGGCCGGGCGCUGACCGAGAAGCUGGCGUCGCAGGGCGUGUCUGUGGUCAUGGUGGCGCUGGAUGACCAGCUGCUCGAGUCGUUCCAUGCUGACAUGUGCUCGCAGUAUGCAGACGUGGCCGAUGUGGAGUUCCGCAAGGUUGGCGUCAACCUCGGCUCGUCGGGUUACCUCCAGGUCAUUGCCGAGGCCACCGAAGACAUUCCGGUCCAGCUGGUGUUCAACAAUGCCGGGUUCGUCAUCACUGGCCUCUACGCCGACGUCCCGCUCCCUGCGCAGCUGGCCAACUUUGAGUGCAACGCCGCGGCGCCAAUCCACAUCACCCACCUCUUUGUCAACCGCAUGCUCAACCAAGGCCUCCGCGGCGCCGUCUGCUUCACCUCAUCGCCGGCCGGCCUCAUGCCCGCCCCGCUCACCGUCAUGUACUCGGCGACCAAGUCGUUCCUCACCACCUUUGCCGCCUCGCUCGCUCCCGAGAUCAAGCCCGACGGCAUCGACGUCCUUGUUGUCCACCCGUCGCCGGUUGACACUCGGUUCUACGAGGGCAACACCCACGAUCUCGACGCCAUGCGCGCCUUCCAGAAGACUGCCUACCCGCCGACCACCAUUGCCGCCUGCUUCUUCAAGUCGCUCGGCCGCUUUGUCAUCCACGACCAGGGCUACUUUUCGCUCUCGCUCCGCAUGCUGAUGAAGACCGUCGACUACAACUUCCUCGCCCUUGUCUUCUCGCGCACCGCCUCUAUCUCGGGCGACUACACCAAGACCAAGAAGGAUCGCCCGCUGCCUGAUGACAACUCUGGUGGCCUUGUCACUCCGCGCCGCUCCCGCUCGGUCUCGGCUGUCUCGGCGGCCGACUCGGUCUCGCGCUCGGUCUCGCGCUCGGUCUCGCGCUCGGUCUCAGUCGCAAACCGCCGCCGCUGAUCACUGUCUUGCCUAAGUCUGUAGAAAUCACGAUGGCCAGCGCGUGCAAGGGACACAGAGUACACAGCUAGAGUCUCU